AUGAACGGUGUAGCGCUUUUAAUAGUGAUUGCCCUAGCGGCAGGUUCUUCCGAGGGAUUUCCUGUACCUAUGCCGUUUCAAGUUAAAAGACCAUUUGUCAUCAACAGACAUCAUGUAAUGGUGAAACAAGUUCCCAAGAUCCAGACGGUAGUGCUGACAAAGAAGGUCCCACAGAUACAGAAAGUUUUAGUAAAUAACCCGGUACCUGUAAAGCAGGUCGUGCCACGUGACCGCACCGUUGUUGUGAACAACCCUGUUCCAGUGGCACAACAACUGUCAGGGUCAGUUGGUGGUGUAGGGCUUGGAGCAGCUGAUAUGGGCUUUGGACAUGGAUCUAUUGGCAUGGGAAUUGGAGAUUUCGGAUUGGGGCACGAAAAUGGGGAUCUGGGACUAGGACAUGGAAACGGGGAUUUGGGAUUUGGAAAAGGAAAUGGGGAUCUGGGACUAGGACACGGGAAUGUGGAUUUGGAAUUUGGAAAAGGAAAUGGGGAUCUUGGACUAGGACACGGAAAUGUGGAUUUGGGAUUUGGAAAAGGAAAUGGGGAUCUUGGACUAGGACACGGAAAUGUGGAUUUGGGUUUUGGACACGGUAAAAAUGCCGAUUUUGGAGGUGGACUCGGAGGAAAAGACCUUGGACUAGGCGGCUUAGACCAGAUGGGAAUUGUCCCUAUCGACAGCUUUGGUGCAUUCUCCGACUCUGGUUCACUGAAUGGUGGUGGUGAUGGACUUUUUAAAGAAACACAUUAG